AGUUCAUGACGAGAAGCAGCCUCUGUGCUCAAUCAAGUAAAGGUGCUCUGAGAAUAUGGCUAGUUUCUGGGCGCAGCUGGGAUUGCUGCUGUGGAAGAAUUUUACAUACAGGCGGAGACAGACAUUUCAGCUGCUGAUAGAGGUUGCGUGGCCUCUCUUUCUGUUCUUCAUAUUGAUCUCUGUGCGACUCUCUUAUCCUCCAUAUGAGCAGCAUGAGUGCCACUUCCCAAACAAGGCAAUGCCAUCUGCUGGGACUCUGCCAUGGAUUCAAGGCAUUAUUUGUAAUGCAAACAACCCCUGUUUCCGCUAUCCAACACCGGGUGAAUCCCCAGGAGUGAUCGGAAAUUUUGAUAAAUCGAUAAUCUCCCGUCUGUUUUAUGAUGCCAAGAAAAUUCUUCUGUACAGCCAAACGGAUGGCAACGUGGGAGCCUUUCACAACCUGUUUGAAGCUCUAAAGAAAUUCAGCAAUUCUACUUCAG